AUGAGCGUAAUAGCCCUCGGUCCCAUAAUUAAAAUCUUCUACAUUUUCAGGAACGGCUUCCUAGAUCCGUGGUCAGGUGGCGGUUGGUCGCUGACUCCGAAAGUUGAAGGAACUCUUGUAUCGGUGAUUCUAAAGGAAGGAGCUCAUCAUUACGACCUUCGUGGAGCACAUCCAGCCGACACUGAAGAGGUGAAGAAGAUUCGCGAGCAAGAAAAGACCUACAUAAGAAAUGGAUCGAAAAAGCAAAAUGGCGAAAAAAUUAAGACCGAUGAGAGCAGUUUUUCCAUCAGCUCUUGCAAUAAAUAUUUCUUGUCUGAUGAGUACAAUGAUAUAAAAACCUUCGAGGGAGUUUUCUCAGUGCAUUACCUGAAGGAGCCCACUGACUUUCUGAGUUAA